AAACUAAAAUAAAACUAAAACUAAACUACUUACCAGAAAUAGGUGUGGCAGACGGCGGCAAAGUAACGAAGACGCACCAAAACUCUAUCUCCUUCUUCUCUCUCGAUUUUGUUUCUCUUUCUUGCUCUUCUGUGAGUUCUGUGAUUUACAGAACUGAAAGGGUUUAUGCCUGGAGGCACUUUCGGGCACUUUCAACGCACGUCAAAAGAAAAGUACUGAAACACCGAUUUUUCAUUUAUGGUGUUGGGAGUAUGUACAAACUUUCCCGAGAGGCCAUGCAAAGUUUCCUGUUGUUACUAAUUACUGCUUUGGAAAAUGGCAAACAUUGUCGAUGGUAACAUUUCAACAUCGGGAGAUGUGCCUAUUCCGAACGUUGUCGGGAGAAGUGCCCAUCCCUAACGUUUCUAUCGUUUCUAUCAUUAACGUCGGAAGAACUCCAAUUUUUUGUAAUGUCGUUCAUCAUCUUCUCCAAAAAAUAAUGGCGGAUGGAAUUUUUAGAAAUUGAAAAUAACCCAUUACCACCAAAACUUGGUUUUGCACUUCAGCACCACAAUCAAGAAGAUUUGACUGGAGGAGCGUGGCGUUUUCUGUAUGAGAAGCAGCUCACGGUAUGGGAAUAGAGAUGGCCACUGGAAGCACCAAUCCCUAUGCCAGUUAAGCACAUCCAAUCUCUCUGAAUCUCAACCCCAUCUUAAAUUUUAAACUUUCCUCGUGGAAGUGCAAUUGCCCUCCAUUAAUCUCCACUUCCCAUUGCUUCUCUUGCUUUUCCCGUUCAUUUUUGCAACAACCCAUUUCGGGUUCCAUUAAUUCCCUCAAGUUUAGGAUUUCGAUCGAAAAUUGUGGGUUGUUUUUCUUUUCUCCUUUCCUGGAUUCUUGUAAUUCUGAAACUUUCUAGAGAUCUCUGUUGAUGUUCGAUUUUAGCUCAGUGUAACUUAGGAUGAAUUGAGGGUUUGUUAAACGGUCUGGGAUUUUUGGGUCGGGACCGAGGUUUAGGGUUUUUAACUGAUCAUGAUCAUCAUCCUCUUGCUGUUAAUUCACACAUGUGAUCUGGCCGAGUAGUUUUGAUUCCUGGGUCUGUGUUUUUCCUUGGAGAUUUACUUCUUCAAGGGACUCAAUUGCUGCUCCACUGUUAAUUUGGUUCUGAUUUGAAAAAGUAACUUCAAGUGGGAAGUCAAAUCAAUGACAUCAUCUGGGUUUUGCUUAAUCUGUAUGCUUCAUUCUCUGAUUGCUUUAACUUGUGGAGCUUUAAUGAUGUUUUACUCCCACGAGGUUUAUGUCUUUGGCCAUGGCCCUGAAACCGCAAUCAAGCUGCAGGGAUCUAGUCCCCACGAUCAGCUUCUGAUAAAGACAUCUGAUUCUUUCUCUGGUUUGCUUCUCUUUACUGUUGGGUUACUUUUAUUCAUGGUGGCUUUUGUCAGAGAUAGAGAGUUUCAAAGCUUCUUUGCUAAAGGCUGCGUGUUGCUUCACUUAGGUAUGGCCAUAUGGAGAGUUUAUUUCGAGAGGAAGCUUGAGGAUCUCGCCCGGGAUUGGCCUCGACAGGUUGUUGGGGAUGUUACAUUGGCAUUGUCAUGGGUUUUCUUUCUUGUGUAUUCAUGGAGAGAAAAAUACGAUUAACUUCAAGUUUUACUUCUCUUUCAGCUGGUAUUAUUGUUUGAAAUUGUCAAUUAUGACUCUGCUUCUUAAUUAUGAUGAGUUUGAUAGAAAUUGAUAUUUGUUUUCGCUGGCUUUUGCUUCCAUUGUGUUUUAAGAAUAGGGGGUUCGGGGACUGGAAAGUGAGAUAGAAAUGGAAGAUCAAUUUGAUUAGUUACCAAGCUUGAAUUUCGUUUCUGUUCUGUGUCUGGAUAGAUAACACAUUCAUUUGUCUGGCUAUCUUCUACAAGAUUGUGGAUUGUACUAAAUGGCAUUUUGGACCAUGAAUAUGACCCCUGGAGUCGUAACAGAGGCAAGGAGCAACUCGUGGUAUACUUCUAGACAAAAUGAGAUAUUAAUAAACCAAUAUCUCAGCGACAGAAGAAAGUGUUUGAGACUGAGCAACUUGAGCGAUUCUAGAUUGGGGAAUGACUUUAAAUUUUAAAGAGAUUUUUCUAGGAAGCAUGUGAGUGAUGAUAAAAAAUGUGAAAGAAAUUGGGGUUUUCUUUUUGCAGAGUGAUGAUAAAACAUGCUAUGUGACACAUUUAGAUUGCUAAAGAAGUGGGCAAUUGGAAGUAUUGGAGCUAUCAAGUGCAGAAUCUUGGGUCUUAAUUGUUGUGCUAAAAUAUUUGAUUUCCAUCUCAGAUUGCGGAGUUUAUACAUCUUGAAGGACACUAAUAAUAGUAUCAAGGUUUCAAGUCCCCGAAAUGCAGAUGACUUGCCCCAUUUCGAAUACUAAUCCCAUCAUAUUUGCUUUGUGCUUUGUUUAAUCAUGUCAAUGGCACAGUAUUGGAACCCUGAGUCUGUUCUCCCCAUUUGGAACAUCAAAAUUCUCUUUUUGUUUGGGGGAAAGACAUGAUGAUUCUGGAAACAUACGAUGAUGCUUCACUGACAGUUCGGUUAAUUGAUUAAAAGGCAAGUCGCGGCCGUGAGAUCAAGUUAUAGUACCCAUUCAUGUAGGAUACUGAAGUUUCUAAGUUUUGGAUGCCAAAUGCUAUGAGAGUGCCUUUCCUAUAAAAUUGAUAGAAGCAAUUAGCAAAAGUGGGCUAGGCCAAACACUGGUUCAAAACCUGGGAAAAGUAAAGUCUUCAAUACGUUGUUAGCUUGGAGCUGGCAGUGCUUUUACUCAAACUCUUUCCAUGGCUUUGACUGGUUGAUGUGAAUGAAAAAAAUUAUUUUUCUUGAACGUGUGAUUUGUCUUUCAGACAGGGAGAAUCCUGUUUCCGAUUUUCUCUCCGAUGAUAUUAUCGGUUCUUGGUCUUCCUUGUGAUAUUUUAUAUUUGAUAGUGGGUUAGUAGGGAACAUUAAACCAUGGAUAUGGUUAAAAUCAAUUGAACUUUUUGCAUUGUUCUAGUGAGAAUCAUUUCUUGAUGAUUUUGUUACUUAUAUCAAUAGAAAAUGGUGGAUAAAUGAAUA